AUGGCAUCGGGACUAGAUGACCUCGACUACCUCUCACCUGACUUUGAUCUCGGCUCUCUCACCGUGCCUCGUCUACGAGCGAUUCUCGUCAGCCAUGACAUUCCUUACCCAUCCUCUGCUAAGAAAAGCCAGCUCAUCAAAAUCUUGGAAGAUGAGGUCCUGCCCAAAGCGAGGAAACUACUGCGGGAAAGGGAACGUGUUCGUCGAACAAGUGCUGGAAUUACCGACAUGAGCAGUCAGUCCAACUCCGAAGUCAAUGACGAAGAUAUUCAAGAGCGGGACUCUAUGCCGCCACCCCCAACGCCAUCAACGGUGGCGACUACCACAGGUUCGCGACGCGGGCGGUCAAGACAGAGCACUCGAGCGUCCACGGUCGAAACUGAAGAUAGUGUGAUUUCUGAAGCAACCCCGAAACGUCGAGUGCGUUCUAGCAAGAGUACUCGUGCCUCAGAUGGCAAUGUGACAGACGAAAACCUCUUUACACCAUCUAUUCCAGACACCACGCCACAACGUCGAUCGACUGCUCGUAAGACACGGAAGAGUGAAGCCAUACCAUCUCUGGAAACCAUUGAACAAUCUCCGAGCAUCAAGACAGAGAGUCGUGCCAGCAGCAUCUUCACCGAUGAGAAUCCGUUCCAAAGUGGAAGCUCACCCACUACAUUUGAACAGACACCAAGAGCCCGUACAGUCAGCGGAGAAGCGAAACGAAAGAGUACACCUCGCGUAUCAGCUGAAGGCCUAUCAGCAAACGAAAAGCGACGAAGUCGGGUAUCGGGUGUCCCGAUCAAUGUUAAACAAGAGCUGACUCCGAGAAAGUCAACCUUCGAGUUCCCUAUCUCGCGUCUCAGAACACCUACCCCUAAGUUGGAGGACGAAGGAGAGGAGGAAGAAGAAGAAGAAGAUGAUGAUGAUGAUGUUGAUGUGGAUGAAUUUACUGCCGAGGAGCAAUUGGCUCUGGAAACUGCCGAUGCUCAAUCAAACUCUGCUGUGGCUAGACCUAGCCAGAAGGGUCUUUCAUACAAAUUGCCAUCAAUAGUAAUGCUGGUCCUUUUGGCCAGCUUUGGGGCAUGGUGGCGCCAAGAGAAGAUUGAUAUUGGCUUUUGUGGAGUUGGAAAGCCUACCUGGUCUCUCGCAGACACAAAUGUGCCUGAGUGGGCCAGAGUUUUGGAACCUCAAUGCGAACCGUGUCCAUCACAUGCUUACUGCUAUGAGAAUUUCGAAGUUCAAUGUGACAAUGACUUCGUUUUGAAGCACCACCCUCUAUCGCUUAAUGGCUUCAUCCCAAUUCCCCCGACAUGCGAACCUGAUAGCGAGAAGACGAGCCGUAUUCUCUCCGUGGCUAACAAAGCUGUCGAAGAGUUGCGACAACGCAGGGCUAAGUACGAAUGUGGUGAUGGAGAGGAAGCUAAAUCGCCCUUCAUUCCCGAACCCGAGUUGAAGGAAGCUGUGGCUAGCCAACGCCGUGUUAAGAUGAGUGAUGCUGAAUUUGACGAACUGUGGGCGGCUGCAAUCGGCGAAAUAAUUGCUAGAGAAGAAGUGACUAUCAACGAAGGACCUUCAUACCAUACUUUCGCGUCCACCUCACUCUCCAGACUCCCCGUCGGCUGCUCAUUCCGCCGCCACCUCCGACUCUCUCUCGUCGCGUAUCGACUCCCUCUUUCAGCUGUAGUGCUUGCUUUGACCAGCCUAGUGUACAUUAGAGCCCAGUUCAUUGCACGGAAGUCCGACGCUGCUCGUGUACCCGAUCUCGUGGGGACGACUCUUGACCGUCUUGCAACUCAAGCGGCUUUAUAUGCCCGUGGUGAAGCUCCUGAACCGUGGGUAUCUAUUGGUCAACUGCGGGAUGACGUUUUACGUUCUGAAUUGCGGGGUAGUCGUCGAGAGGAAUUAUGGAAACGUGUUCGUGCCGUGGUCGAAGGUAAUGCCAAUGUUCGAGCUGCUGUUCGUGAGGGGCGUGGCGGCGAUGUUGCCCGCGUCUGGGAAUGGAUUGGUAGUCUUGGAAACCACAUCGAUGGACCUCGUCGAGAAAGUGGCCGGGUCCGAUUUUCUCUCUCUCCAGCGGAUGAGACUCUCUCGGCCGAAUCCGAAGAUAAACACAUUGCUCGUAGUCCACGAGAAUCUAGGAAGUGGGAUGAGGGCCGGCCUAUUUACUAA